GUGUCCAACAGUUUCUCUUCUUCUGCCUUUAAGUUUGGAACGCUGCAACUGAGUGCCACCGUGUGGCCAGGAUGAAGUAUGACACACGGGAAUUACUGCUAACUACGAGCUGAACUGUUCGAGCUACAGUAUGGACCAACAUCAGCACAGACCCCCAAAUCCAAACUUCAGUCACCAUCAGUCGACCACAUACAGGCGAAACAGGGAUGAGAGUCAUGGAGGUCACUUUCAACCUAAACGUUUCAAAUGCGAGAACCAACACCACCAAGCUGGUUCUUCUGCUGGACCACCCCCAACAGCCCCCCAGACACUCGGCACCAGACGACAACUAUAUGAAAGAGACUUCCCCUUGUACAAACAACCUGUGGAGCUCGGUCACUUCUCCUUGGACUCUCAACGUCGUUUUUUCAACGAUGCAAGGCAGCUGAGAUAUUACGUAGAGCCAGAGAAGAGUCCCAAUUUUGACCUGAGAGAUGGCUACAAAGACCGCUUUGUAAAAAGAGAUGAUGGGGUGAAGGAGAAACUUGAUCACAUCCUGAAAUGGAUCCUGUUAAACAGAGCCAAAGUUCAGUCAAAAGGAACAGCAGCCUCAUCCCCAUGUGAUUUGGAGGUAGACUUUGUGACUUGGCGGGGUCAUCUGACAAAGCUUCUGACCACACCGUAUGAGACGCGUGAGGGCUGGCUGCUGGCCAUUUCCAGGCUGGGGGGCACUCUGUAUAUCAGCGAGGUGGAAACUGAGGCAGCUCGCACAGACCGGGAGAACCGUGCUGAGAGUCAUGAGGAGAUGAUGUACUGGGGAUACAAGUUUGAACAGUAUACCUGUGCAGAUGACAUCCACAGCCUCCCAGACCCAGCUGGGGUAGUAAACACUAAUGAGGCUUUUUGCACUGUGGUCCAGACCCGACUGGCCAAGCAUAGACUCCUCUUCUCCGGUGAGGUGGAUUGUCGAGACAAGGACCCCAAGGCUCAGACCGCCCCAGCAUGCUACAUCGAGCUGAAGACCUCAGCGGAGAUCUGCACCCCCAAACAACGCAGCAACUUCCACAGGUUCAAACUGCUGAAGUGGUGGGCCCAGUCUUUUCUCCCCGGCGUCCCGAGGAUCGCAGCUGGUUUCCGUGAUCAGGAAGGAGUGGUUGUGUCGGUAGAGACUUACCACAUCUCUAAGAUAUCCCAGCUAAUCAAGAAUGAAUACAACUGCUGGAAGCCUACAGUCUGCAUGAAUUUCUGCUCUGAUUUCCUGUCCUUUGUGAAGAGUGUUGUCAGAGAAGACAAUCCCAGGGUGGUGUACCUGUUUUCAUGGGAUCCCCAUAAAGAUGUGACAUUCACCAUCCACAGAGACUCUCACUAUUCCUUUCUGCCUGACUGGUAUGUGAGGGACCUGAACAAGACACACCACCAUGCCCAACCUCAGUCUUGAUUCACUUCUAAGCUUUGGCAAUUGAGGUAAAAGAGAAAGACAAGAACUGUAGACUCCCUAACUCCCGGGUAAAGACUUGAUGAACUUCCAUUUUCUUUGGGUGGAUGGCUGUUUCUAUUCUAGUGCAGACCAAUUUCGGAGUUAGCGCCUCGAUCUUUGUAUUUUUAACACUUUUUUUCUUUUUCUUAAAAGUGUAUGCCUUUCCUGUAUGAAGUAUGUUCAUCAAGUUGAAUAUGUAUAAUGUUUUAUAUUACAAAAAGCACCAUUAGACAAAUGUUAUUUCCAAUAGAAACCCUUUACUGUUCCCAGGAUAUAUUAAUAAAGUACAAGUUACCCUAUAAAUCUCUGGGUAAAACAUUCAUUAAAUGUAAUCAAACAAAACUACAUUUAAAAACGUUAAACUGUGCAGUGAAAAUCUAAAUAAAGGCAUGACUUCAAGUUA